AUGUUUAUCGGAUUCGCCCCCUAUCCUCCAGGAUAUAGCUCACGCUUUUCGCGCACUCCACAGGGCAAGGUCGCCGAGCUGCGAGCCGAGCUUCAAAGCGGCGGCAAGAAGGACAAGAACUAUUCCGCCAAAAAAAUCGCCCUCAAGAAGAUCGUCGCAAACAUGACUAUGAGCAAUAACGAUAUGGUUGCACUGUUCCCCGACGUUAUUGAGUGCAUGAACCUACCGAGUUUGGAGAUCAAGAAGAUGUGCUUUUUGUUCUUGGUCAACUAUUCCAGAUUGAAACCGGAGGCCGCACUGAAAGCGCUGCCUACAUUGGUGGAUGACAUGGGAGACAACAACCCAUUGGUGCGAGCGCUUGCUCUGCGCACUAUUUCAUAUGUUCAUGUGCGCGAAUUUGUCGAAGCGACCUUCCAACCCCUCAAGCGCCUCAUGCAGGAUAACGACCCUUAUGUUCGCAAGACAGCCGCUUUCUGCGUCGCCAAGCUGUAUGAGCAUGACAAGAAGAUGGUUGAGAACUCUGAUUUGAUUGAUCGCUUGAACCGUAUGCUCAAAGACGAGAACCCGACCGUUGUCUCCAGUGUGUUGGCGUCUUUGGUGGAUAUCUGGGGUCGCAGUGAAUCGAUCUCUCUCACUAUCGACUACACCAGCGCUUCAAAGCUAGUUUCGAUUCUAGCGGACUGCUCUGAAUGGGGCCAAACCUAUAUCCUCGAAGCUUUGAUGUCUUAUGUGCCCCAGGACACUGCCGAAGCACUACUGUUAGCAGAGCGUAUUGCUCCACGACUAUCCCACUCAAACUCUGCAGUUGUCCUUACGUCUUGCCGAGUACUUCUUUAUCUCAUGAACUAUAUCUCAGACGAAAAGCACAUUACCUCAUUAAGCAAGAAAAUGUCACCGCCACUCGUGACUCUCCUCGCCAAGCCUCCAGAGGUUCAAUACUUGGCCCUGCGCAACGCCAUUCUGAUUCUUCAGAAGAGGCCAGAAGUUCUCCGCAACGACAUUCGCGUUUUCUUCUGCAACUAUAAUGACCCAAUCUACGUCAAGGUGACCAAGUUGGAGUUGAUGUUCAUGUUGACUACGAAAGAUAACAUUUCUGUGGUUUUGGCAGAGCUUCGGGAGUAUGCCACUGAAAUCGACGUACAUUUCGUGCGCAAGGCAGUUCGCGCCAUUGGAAAGCUUGCAAUCAAAAUUGAGUCAGCCGCACGGCAAUGUAUUGAGACAUUACUGGAGCUGGUUGACGCCAAAAUCCCGUACAUUGUCCAGGAAGCCACUGUUGUGAUUCGCAAUAUCUUCAGAAAAUAUCCCAAUCAGUACGAAGGCAUUAUCGGCCACGUGAUUAGCAACAUCGACGACCUUGACGAGCCCGAGGCAAAAGCAGCCGUUAUCUGGAUCAUCGGUCAGUAUGCAGACCGAAUUGAUAACUCCGAUGGCCUUCUCCAGGACUACCUGGCUACCUUCCACGAUGAAACGGUCGAAGUGCAGCUGGCUCUGCUCACGGCCACCGUCAAGCUCUUCAUCCAACGGCCGACCAAGGGCCAAAAACUCGUUCCCCAAGUACUGAAAUGGUGUACUGAAGAGACCGACGACCCAGACCUAAGAGACCGUGGCUAUAUGUACUGGCGCCUGCUAUCCACCGAUCCAGCAACCGCCAAGCAAGUAGUCAUGGGCCAAAAGCCACCCAUCACAGCCGAGAGCGAGAAACUCGAUCCGCGCACACUGGAAGAACUUUGUCUGAACGUCGGCACCCUAGCCACCGUCUACCUCAAGCCCAUCCACCAGGUCUUCCGCGCCGCGCGGCCCCGCCGCCUGCAACCUAGCCCAGCUCUCCAACGGCCCCGCAUUGAAGACGGCACCGCCAACAUGCUCGAAUACAACCCCCCAACCGCCAACCUCGCCCCCACCACAACUAGCAACAGCGGCCUCGCCACAAUUAUUACAACGGGUAACCCUAUCAGCCCUGUCAAUGCUGCUCCUCCUCCCACAUUCCCUGUCGGCAUGAACCCUCCUGUUGCAGGCGGCCUGAGUCCCAACUCUGCUGCUAUCAGCGCUGCAGACUCCUACUUUAACAAUAUUGGUUCUCAACAGAUGGCCUCUAUGAAUCUAGGUGGUCGUGACAAUGGCGAUGUGGGCGGUGGCGGUUUCCAGACACAAUAUGUUGUGACUCAGAACUCGCAGCAGGGCUAUCAGCCUCAGUUGGCUGGUGGUGCCGCUACGGGUGAGUUGCUGUUGUUAUAG